CCUGCGCACAGCCGGCCCAGCCCUCCCGCCCGUCGGCCCGAGCGCGGCACCGCAGCGGUGAGAGCCGCGCCACUCCCGCCAUCCGCGCCCAUCGCCGCGCCCGCCCGCCGCACCCUCACCCUCUCCCUCUCUCCGCAGAGACACCGGAUCCUGAGCCCCGGGACGCCGCCAGCUAAGAUGUUCGCUUGCGCCAAGCUCGCCACCUCGCCCUCCCUGAUCCGUGCUGGGUCAAGAGUCUUGUACAGACCAAUUUCGGCAUCUGUGUUGUCUAGGCCAGAGGUCAAGAAUGGAGAGGGCAAGUCAACAGUUAUCGGGGCCCAAAAUACUGUCUCCCAGCUAGCACUUAGGGAAUUCCAGACUAGUGCUAUCAGCAGGGACAUUGACACUGCUGCCAAAUUCAUUGGUGCUGGUGCAGCCACAGUAGGUGUGGCUGGUUCUGGUGCUGGAAUUGGAACAGUCUUCGGUAGUCUAAUCAUUGGUUAUGCCAGAAAUCCUUCUCUGAAGCAGCAGCUGUUCUCAUAUGCUAUCCUGGGAUUCGCCCUGUCUGAAGCUAUGGGUCUCUUCUGUCUGAUGGUUGCUUUCUUGAUCCUAUUUGCCAUGUGAAUGGAGAUCUGCCUGUAAUAUUGGCAUUGGAAUGUAACUGCAUUUUAUGGGACUCCCAAAAUGUUGGUGUCAUGGAAAUUGAUGCUAUUUCCAAAGUCAUUUCAUUAAAGAUAACAACUUUAACUGUCA